AUGGAGUUCCUGCGGAAGUUAAGGAAGUACCGAAUCUUUCGCUACACCCCAGCCAACCCACUGGACGGUUGGGAAUUCAGCGCGGCGAUGCUCGAACGGUUCUGCGGCCAUAUUGGGAUUUCGUUGUUCAAGCGCUCCCACAACCUGUUCAACUUUUUAUUCGUUUUUCCCAUCUGCAACUUUAUCAUCUACGGGUUCAGUGUCUUUAUUACCACCUACAGAUUUCGCGAUGACAUCACGAAGGUUAUCCACUGUUUGACGACGUUAGGAUUCGCCUCGCAGGCUAUCAUGAAGAUCUACAGCUUCAUCAUAACGCGCAAGGAAGUGAUCGACAUCAAUGAAACGAACCACAAGUUCUACCGUACCAUGAUGAAACAGUCGGACCGUGUUAAGGGUGUCCUGUGUGAGAACAUUGGCCUUAUCUACAUCGUCUCGCGGCUGGCAGCAAUCGCCUACAUGGUGCUGGAACUCACUGUCCUGAUCAUUCCGGCCGUUUCUUCGAGUUUGCGUAUCACCGAACCCCUGCUGCCGUUCGGGUACUUCUUUCCGUUCAUCGAUCCGGACACGCUGCCUGGGUACCUCUGGAACUACGUGUUUCAGUUGCUCAUCUCGGCGUACUACUGGUAUAUCACGGUGUCAACCGAUAUCCAGACGAUCUACAAUCUGCUCACGGCUUGCGGGCAGCUCGACGUGUUGAUGACGUUGAUCGACGAGCUGAACGAGGAUCUGGCCAACGGGAAACCACAGGCCAUGAUCAAGGGUAAAAUAAUCGAAAUCAUUCAACUGCACCAGCAGCACCGGGAAUACCUGGACCGGGUGGUUCAGUUCCUCAACCUCUAUCACCUAGUGGCCGUCGGGUGCUCGGUGCUGGCGAUGGUCAUCUCCGUGCUUGGCUUAGUGCUGCUGGACUGGUACCCGGGCAUAGCGAUGGUGUUUCUCGGUUCGUCCCAGCUGUUCUACGUCUGCUUUUUGGGCACCAGUCUGGACAUCAAGCUCGACGAACUCACGGAAAAGGCUGGUGCCGUCUGCUGGGACAAGCUGUCGGUGGUGGAAAUGAAGUACAUGAAACUGGUGCUGGCCAUGUCGCAAAAACCGAAAGUGCUACUGGUGGCCACAGCACCACUAAAUAUGAACGCUUUCGUUCAGAUCCACAAGAUGAUUUAUUCUAUGGUCAUGAUGCUACGGAACACCAAGGACUAG